AUGUGUGGUAUUCUUUUACGAGCUACAAGUAGUAUCAUCAAACCAAGAUGGAUCGAUGCCAAUGGUGGCAGAUCAGAAUGGGAGACUAAAGAUCCUCAAGUUAUUGAAAGGUUUUUGCAAAAAGGUUCCCAAGUGGAGGAGUUGACUCAACAACAGCAGAAGAAAUUGAACAAUUUGGAUGAGUUGCGUUCUCUCGUUAAUCAGCUAACUAAAGUGAAAAAUAAUGUCAAAAUAUCUGCAUUAAACAAGGAGCAACAAGCUUCCGCUAUCCAAUGUGAGAUUGAUGCCAUAGGGAAAGAAAAUGAAAUACCAAUGAGGGAAUUUGAUUUUGAUGACUUAAUGUAUACCGUUUCCAAUCGAGGGCCAAACUAUUUAAACUAUACGCAGUUUGAACAAGGUGGUAAAUAUAUUCAACUAUUCACCUCCAUUCUCUCGCUCCGUCAACCAUUCACCAAGCAGCCAGUCUUUGGAGAUGAAUUCGUGUUACAAUUCAAUGGUGAAUUGUACAACCAAGAAUGCUUGGAAACGAAUGACACCCUGUUUAUAAUGCGAAUGCUACAUUCGAAUUUAGGGGCCAAUAGACGUGAUACCAUAUUGACUACUUUGAGACAAUUAAAUGGAGAGUGGGCCAUAACUGUUAUUGACUUGUUGGAGAAUAAAAUAUAUUUUGGUCGUGAUCCAAUUGGUAAACGCUCGCUUUGUUACAAAAGAGAUAGGGACGGGAUCAUUGUAAGCUCAAACUCUGUAUUGGGGUUUCAGGAGUGUCGAAAUGAAAUUUAUGUGUUCGACUUGGAGACCAAUGAAAUUGAAAGAUUGGAGUUACUUCAAUUACCUGGAUUUCAGCCUUCUACCGUUGACGAGGAACAAGUGCUUUGUGAACUAUACUCUAGAUUGCUAAAAGUGACAAAAAUACGUUAUGACACUAUUCACCCUCUUGAAAAUCCAAAUGACAGUUCCUUGGCAGUUUUGUUCAGUGGUGGGUUAGAUUGCACUAUUCUCGCGAGACUCGUUUGCGAGAUGGCCAAAAUCGACUCAUCGAUUGAUCUUUUAACUGUUGGAUUUGAAAAUCCACGUACGGGACAAACACCAGAAAUGAGUCCAGAUAGGAAACUUGCUAUUAAGUCAUGGUUUCAUUUGUGCAAGAUGUACCCAGAUUUGAAAAUUAACUUGGUGGAGAUCAAUGUGGACUAUAGACAUUGGCUUAUGCACAAACAGCGUGUACGGGAAUUAAUGUAUCCUUGUAACACAGAAAUGGACUUGUCCAUAGCCAUUGCCUUUUAUUUUGCAUCGUCUACAAUGCCACAAUUGACUUCGCGGAAAAGGUUGACAAACUUUGAUAUAAAAUGGGAAACAUACAGCCAAAACCCGGAGGCAUGCACGGAAUACACCCCACAUUAUACCUCUCUGGCAAAGGUGUUGUUUAGUGGGCUCGGAGCAGAUGAAUUAUUUGCUGGGUAUUCGCGACACGAAGGAUUGUUCAACACCAUCACGCCAAAAUCUUAUGAGGAGCUACAACAGUCAUUGAAUCAUGACAUUAGAGUCAUUCAUGAGCGAAACCUUGGUAGAGAUGAUAGGGUCAUGAGUUGUUGGGGUAAAGAAUUGCGUUACCCAUACUUGGAUGAGUCAUUUAUCAGUUGGGUCGUAUCAAGUGUGCAUCCACAACUUAAACUAAGAUACAAAAUGGGAAAGAAUAAACGUGGGAAUGAUAUAGUUAUCCCCACCAGGAAGUAUAUACUACGUCGUUUGGCUGAACUACUUGGAAUGCCCUGGGUUUCACAUGAGUUGAAACGAGCAAUUCAAUUUGGAGCAAAGAGUGCCAAGUUGGAACUUGGACAAAGUAAAGCUAAAGGUACCGAUAGCUUGUAG